AUGCUGAAUCAACUAAAAGUCGCCAAGGAUGGAAGGGUCAAGAAGUUUUUAUGUCGAUUUGAGGGAUGUGGUAAGGCAUAUACCCGGCCUUCAUUGCUUCAGCAACAUCGUAGAUCACACAUCGAUGAACGACAGUUUAUUUGCUCAGAGCCAGAAUGUGGAAAGCGAUUCUUGAGAAAGUCUCACUUACAAGUUCACAAAUUCACACAUGAUAAAGAAAAGCCAUUAAAGUGCUGUGUGUGUCACAAAGGAUUCAUAACAAAACAACAAGUGACUCGCCACUUAAACACUCAUAAAACUAUGUUACUGUGUCCUUAUGAUUGCGGACUGUGCUUCACCUCCGGUGAGGAUAUGACGAAUCACGUCUUAGACAAUCAUAUAACGAGUGAUAUAGGGUCAGCGCUGUCUUCAGAGGAUAAUGCACUUAGUACUAUUUCGGUGAACUCUAACUUGACAUCACCCUCUACCGUAGGGUAUGAACAAAAUUAUGGAGGACUGUUUUCUGAACUUCGUUGUAAAGAGCCACAGUGUGCUGAUAAUGACCCCUACGACUCUAUAUCACAUUUGAUUGCUCAUUACGACACAUCCCAUUACUUUGUCCCCCCUGGAUUAUUCCAGUAA